GGUGUCCAAACUGUGGGCUGAAUCCAUUGUUUGCCGGCUCAUCCGCUGGCUGUUAUUUGGCUUUGUUUGCUGGCUUUUUCAAAACUGGACUCUUGCCACGCCGCAAUUCCUUCCGAAGCUUCCGAAUCCACCGAAUUGCCAACUCGCUGCAAUCCCUGGUUUGCCUUCAGCCUUCCAAUCCCUUGGUGGGGGAGCAUUGGGGAGGUGCCCAUGGUUACCUUGCCUGACAUCACUCAGAACCCGCAGUAGGGCGCGCCCCUGUCUCCGUUUGCUCCAACGGCCAGGUGAAAAGGCUCGGACAGCCUUCGAUCGCUGCCACAGCACAACACAAGUCUACCAUCCACGAAAUCGCAACGCAACGCGCAAUCCGCCAUGGCCGACGCCGAGGAGCCCAGGGCGCCUGCCCCUGUGCCCGCCACCAUCUCGGUCGAAAUCGUGUCGCCCUCGGCCGGCGUCCCCGUCCCGCUGCUAUUCCCGGACCUGUCCAUCAAGACGACGGUAGCGCAGCUCAAGGACAUGGUCCGCCAGCAGCUAACGGUCCCCGACCCGACCGCAGUCGAUCUGCGCGUCAUCUACCAGGGCAAGAUGCUGGCGCCGCCCGAGCUGACCCUGGAGGCCGUCCUUGGCCACGACGCGAUGGGCGAAUCCCGCAAACGUGUCUUCCACGUCGUGGCCAACACAUCGGCUCGAGUCCCAGCCGUCCCCUACGUCGCCCCAGACCCAAACGCACCCCCACCACCACCGACACCAGCCGCACAGCUCGAGGCCAUCCGCCGUCGUCAUAUGGCUACACACAACCAGCUCCUAGCUGCCAACCAGCGGGCUCGGGCAGCCCUAAACCUCAACGGCAUCCAGGACCAACCAGCCCCUGCAAUGAACCACUCAACAACGACCACUACCACGACCAUGAGAAUCAUCUCCCCCGGCGGCAACCCCGCCGAGCAGGGGUUUGCAGCACCACUCCCCGAGAUGCUUGGAGCGGCGGCUACGGAAGCGGUUCUCAACAGACAUUUGCAAGCCCUCCGUAGUCAUCUCGACACUCUCCGUACCUAUCAAGGUACCUAUCAAGACGUGCAACCCGGGUCCACGCAGGCCAUGGCUGGCAGCAGCGCAAACGGUCCGUCGCAACAGGGAGCAGCACCGCAAACGCAGCACCAGCACCAGCACCAGCACCAGCAGCCCUCGGGAAAUCAGGCCCAAACGGCGGGACCCCAGGUCUACCUCCUCAGCUCGCCCGUGGGUCUUGAGGCCAUACUUGUUCACAAUAACGGGAGUGCCUACAUUUCUUCGUCGUCGGGGCUGGCCUCGGGCGUAGAUCUAGGCUCUGUGCAAGCCCGACCGACGGCCGCUCAACCCACAGGCCUUGGGGCUCCCGGACAUGUGGCAGGCCAACUGCCAGAGGAGACGGCGCAUCAAGUGAUUGACCGUUGGCGCGAAAAUGGACGGCGGCGGCACGAGGCCCAGGUGGAGGCCUGGCGGGCCUACCAGCAGAUGAUAAACACACCCCAUUACCAGCGGCUGCACAACCAGGUCCGGGCGCAGCGGGGGCGCGGCGCGCGGAUCCCCCGCGGCGGCGGCCUCCUCGGCGGCCACCACCAGAACGGCCAGGCGGCGGGUGCGCUCGCGGCGGCAAUCUGGCCGCACCUCUGGCUGAUGAUCCGGAUGGGCAUCUUCAUUUACUGGUUCCGGUUCCUGCACAGCGAGUCGUCGUGGGAGCGCUGGUUCAGCGUGCUUGGCAUCGUGCUCGUCGUGGUCGUCAUCAACACGGGCAUGCUGAACGGCCUCGUCGACCAGGCAUGGCAGCCGGUCCGCGAGCACCUGGAUCACCUCAUGCCUAUGGGCCCUGGCGCGGGCGCCCAAGCGGGGGCAGACGCGGCUGCGCCGGGACAGCCACAGCAGAACGCCAACGGCGACAACGGCGCCCCACGGGCUCCUGCGGCCGAACCGAAUCCUGCCGAGGCGGCAGCGAGGAUGGUGGCGGCGCGCAGGGAUGCGAACGCCAACUGGCUCCUGGACCAGGUCCGCCGGGUGGAGCGUGCGGGUCUACUCUUCCUCGCCAGCAUAGCCCCUGGCAUUGCUGAGCGUCACAUCGCGCAUCUCGAGGAGGAAGCCAGGGCCGAGCGCCGGAGGCAGGAGGAGGCGGCGGCGGCGGCGGCGGCGGCGGCGGCACAGGCCGAGGCGGCAGCUGCCGAGGCGACCGCAGCUGAAGCUGGCGCUACUGCCGAGACGGAGGCUUCCGGUGGACAGGCCGCUGCCGAGACCAAGGUUGAUGUGGGCGAACCUGCUCCAGCCGAAGGUGUCUCACAAACGGUGGAGGGUGGUUCGGGAGGUGGCGUCAGCGGCGGGGGCGAUGCAGUUCCCCGUGGCGAGUAGCAACAGCCGCAGGACGAUGGGAAUCCGUACAGCGACUUUUUCAGGCGUAUUUGGAGAGACUUGGUAGAUGUCGCGAGACGUGUGUAGAUGGAUGACUGUGCCUGGCCUGUUUUAUAAGCUACUGCUGCUAUCAUAUAUGUACUACUACUGCAAUAGCUCAUCCCUUUUUGUGAAGGCAGUGAAAGCAUGUGGUGGCAAGGGCUCCUCCAGGCAGUCAGGCAGUGUCAGGGGCUCCCAGCCUAUGCCGGCUAGCGCAUUUUGUCGGCUCUGUGCCAUGGGGAAAAGUGGGGGACCUUGAGCUCCAGACCUCGGCAUCCCGCUUUCUAGCCCCUGUAAAUCAAGCACCCUUGGACGGAUCCACAGUCUCCUUUCUGGGGAAAAAGACGGACUGUUUG